ACAAACAUUUGCACCGAUUAAAGUAUAUCGCGUGUCUAGAAGGUUUAAAUUUUAACCAGCGGGUGGUGUAAUAUGCCAGCUCUCUGGCAGUCGUCUCAGCGCCCUAUGUACAUUAGAACUGUAUGGGUCGACGGUUUCCGACACGCAAUACUAACCCACGACGAUCCCCACUUCUUGAAACUUGUCGCUAAACGUCGAAGACCGCAUUCAUCCGCUAGUUGUGUGAAAUCUACGUUGAGCAGAAACAUAAGAAGCUCGCUCAGCCACCACGACGACUUGGGGGGCUGUCUUAGAAAAUUAAACUUCGUUAUAAGAAAUGAGAAGUACCAGAGACGAGUUAACGAAGAACCAGAAAUAGAAAAAUUAAAUUUAUCCGAUGUUGAGAAUAGCGAAGAAGAUUUCAUUAUCAAGGCGUCUCCUCAACCAUUGUGCGACAUUAACAACUUCCGUCUAAACUUGGACACUGAUAAUAACAUGAGGGCUGUUAAGAGCAAUCGAACUGUGCGAACCGAAGUCAAAGAAAACACAGAACUAUCAGAUAGGGUUCUGCAAUGGCUGGAUCUAGCGGGAAAAGUGAACCUCUUAACAAUAGACAACGUUGAAAGGAUGGCGCAGCCGAGGCACAGCUGGCCCGAAAUCCAAAAGCGCAAUUUGACGAAAUCGAAAACCGCAAUGGACUUAAGAGCAAAAGAAGUUAAACAGGUUGUCGAUGCGAAAACGAAUGGGAAUAUCGAUCGGCAGGAAUUUUACAUGCCAACAUCGGCGAACACGAUCGAGAACUACGCGCGACAGUCACGAAACGCGAAAAGCACGCCACGACAUGACACGAAGAUUAAGGAAAACAAAAAGGUCAAAGACAUGAGGGCGAGUGUCAUGGAGACGCGUCUCAAAAUGGCCAACGAGAGGAGUGCCGUCGAAAAACAAUACGCUGAAAUGGUCAGCAAGAAACUUAUACCAGACGUAGGGAAGGUAAAGAAGCAAGUGCAUAUAUUUAUGCCUGAAGCGCUGAACAAAAAGUUCAACUCGAACCCAUCUAGUGUCACCGAGAGUAUACUGUCACAGAAAUCAUAAUAACAUUAC